AUGACGCUGUGCACGCCGGCGUACCCUGACAUAUCCAUCCCAUUAGGAGUAGCUUAUUCUCAUGAAACAGAUAGCUUAAGUAUUCCGCUUCAAACUCCGAGGCUUAAACUCGACGACGCGUACAUAGCAAUUACUUGGAGUUUGGCACAGCGGUUAAAAACCACCGACGAGCUGAAUUUGUAUAACUAA